CAGGUUGCCUCCGUCACAACCACAGAUUUUGGCACUCAGCCUUUGGCUGCAUUUCUGAUUUCUCUGGUAGGCUCUUACAUCUUACAGAAAGUACCUAACCUUUUUUUUUCUUUCGCUGUUCACUGUCCUGUUUCACACCUUAUGUUGGGGCUGAUGUCAGCUCCACCCCAACCCCACACUCACUGCUGGUACCUCGUCUUUCCACGCGCAGUGGGCGGGUCCGGUGUUCGUUGGCUUUAGGACCCAGUGGCUCCUCCAGCGAGGGAAGGCAGCGGCUCGGCUCUCAGACUGAAGCAGACAAAGGCGAGGGGAGAGACGGCGUGCCGCUAUCCUGCAGCAUCGACGCACACAUUCACAUACACUCCCCCUCGCACACACACUCCCUUCACUCCGCAAGCAGCGACGCAGACUCACCAGAGCUGGUCACCACUACCACACAUCUGUCACAACCAUCACAGCUGUCAGUCGUCAUGGAGCUAGACUUUGGACAUUUUGACGAGCGAGACAAGACAUCUCGUACCCCGCGGGGCGGGCGUAUGAAUGGACUUCCCAGCCCCACCCACAGUGCGCACUGCAGCUUCUACCGCACACGUACUCUGCAGGCCCUCACCAACGAGAAGAAGGCCAAAAAGGUGCGCUUCUACCGCAACGGAGACCGCUACUUCAAGGGCAUCGUGUACGCUGUGGCCAGCGACCGGUUUCGCACCUUCGACGCACUCCUUGCUGACCUCACACGUUCGCUCUCCGACCACAUCAACCUGCCACAGGGCGUCCGCUUCAUCUUCACCGUGGAUGGGGAACGCAAAAUCUGUGCAAUGGAUGAGCUAGAGGAAGGGGAGAGCUACGUUUGUGCAUCAGAAAACUUCUACAAGAAGGUUGACUACACAAAGAACGUCAACCCCAACUGGUCCGUGAAUGUAAAGGCCUCAGCAAGCCAGAAGAACAUGCAGUCCUUGGCUGCCAAGGCCGCCGGCGAUGCCAGAGAGACCAAGGACUUUGUUCGACCCAAGCUGGUGACGGUGAUGCGCAGCGGAGUGAAGCCACGCAAGGCCGUGCGUGUCCUGCUCAACAAGAAAACGGCACACUCCUUUGAGCAGGUGCUCACCGACAUCACAGAGGCCAUCAAACUGGAGAGCGGCGUGGUCAAGAGGAUCUACACGCUGGAUGGCAAACAGGUUACCUGCCUUCAGGAUUUUUUCGGUGAUGAUGAUGUCUUCAUCGCUUGUGGACCUGAGAAAUUCCGCUACGCCCAGGAUGACUUCUCUUUGGAUGAUAAUGAGUGCAGGGUGAUGAAGGGGAAAGCUCAGCGUGGUGCAAAGAGUCCCAGUCAGAUCAGGCGCUGCAAGUCACCUGCUGAGUCAACCAAUGGCACAGGCUCCAGCAGCCAGCUCUCCACCCCGAUUUCCAAGCAUUCCCCCACCUCCACCCCCAACAGUCCAGGCCUCAACAACAAGCAGAAGGAUCUCUACUUGCCCUUAUCUCUGGAUGAUGAUGAUUCAAUUGGCGAAUCGAUGUAGACUGUCCUCCUGCAGCCUGCCUCCCAUUUGACCCGAAACACAGAGGUUUUUAUACGUCUGCUGCUUUCCACCUCCACUCACAGUGCCACCCGUUGUUGAGGAAAACAUUCUUUGUCUGUUUUUUAAAAGGCCUUAGCCAGCAGAGCUAUGACACCAUUUGCUGCUUGAGAAUAACACAAACCACUUUUUGAAAUCAGUUUCAACCACAUUACAACAAUCAGCUCACUAUUGUUCAGGAGUAUAUUUCUAUGUGGAGGUUAGCCACAAGUUCUCACACAGUUCACUGACCGUCAGAUUUCACGGGGGGAAAAAAAACUCACUUUGGUCGCAAACAUUUUUUUAAAGGACGCACUCUAACCUACAUGUUUCAGUCACUGAAUUCCAAGCAGCAAAUGGAUAUUUUAGGGGAGUUAGUCAGAUCUGACUCAACUUUUGUAUCACUUGUAUUCGUGGUGUUUCUCCAUGUCCUCUUGUCCUCCUACCCCCUUUGGUUAAAGGUGUGAAAGCUAAUGGUUCCCUUUCAGAGGAAAUCUGCAAAGCCAGAUAAAGUCCUUCAACCUGCUGUAAAUACUGUGUAUAGCUCUCCAUCAAAGCAUCUCAGCCCAACGUCUAUUAAUGUGCUUCCAUAACCUUCAUACGAUGUCUGUCUAACAUUUGCUCAACAUAAAACAGGGUUUGGUCAAAGUAGAGGAAGAACCAAAAUGAAGUCUCGCUGUAGAGGGUGAGCAUGAGUGGGCUGCAGCUCCUGACUGAAGAGGAUGACAGGUCAGAAGUAAAACGCCUCCGCAAUGAGAAUUCAUGAACCCAACUGAAUAUGUAAAGUUUAUAGAUGAGAUAUUGUAAAGCAUCUAUAAAAGGCAACUUCAAAUCCAUGUUAGCUAUGGAGGCUUCAAAAUCCUUAGAUUGGCAUUAAUUGGAAUUAUUCCUGUCCAAUCAGAGACAAGGAAAUAACAGCGUAUCUAAAAACAUCCCACAGGACCCUCAGUGAAUCCUUUAUGUUGGUGUUUCCACUAUUUUGACCCUCUACAUACAGUAGAUGGUAGACUACACAUGGUUUAUACCCUCUGUGUUUUAGAUUUUCACAAUUUGCAGUGCAUGAUACUAAUGAAUGAUUGGUCAUGAAACUUUGGGAGAGUAAAAAAGCUGAAAUGAAGGACCUAGAGGUGCAUACAAAUAAGUGGGUAAGAAGGAAGUUACUUACUUACACAUAAAAACAACCAAAGGAAAAAAAAUAUCAGGCCCUUUUUAAGAAAAAAAAAAUCCAUUAUACAGUUUUUAUUCAUCAAGUCUCAAUAAUUCCCUCUAGGUGAUGUUUUAUAGUGUGAAAUUUAAAGAUACAUAAAUAAAGGUCUCAAAGCCAAAGUAUGAUUUUAGAUCAAGAAUUAUAGAAAGGUGUAAAUUUAUCAGUUGUAAAAUUCUUUAGAGGCACACCUGGAGAUUUAUGCAUGUUACUUUCAGCACAUCAAAAUAACAUUAAAGUGAAACCAUGCUCAUCUGAGGCCAUUAGAGUUUAUCAGGGCGCUUAAUGGUAGUGGGAUUUCUCCUCUAUUUUGCAUGGCUCAGCGUAGUUCUCAGAUAACAGGGGAGAUAAAAACGCAAUUGCUGUCUAAAUCUAUGUGUGGGUUUAAAAUUUUUAUAAAGUCUAUUAAUUUAUAUCAAUCGAGGGUACUUGUCUAGGAUUCUUUUCUAGUUUUAACCUGCUCUCGUGAGCUCUAAACACUUUUUUCAAGCCUCUGUGUGCAACUUUCUUAUGGCCACAUUUCUUUUUCUAUCGUUCCGCCUUGUGUAGUGUGUCCAGGAAAGCUACUGAAACAGGUUUUUACAGAAUCGUUCAAGGAAUCCAGCCUGAGAAUCAUUCAAUUGGACGUCAGCAAAGCACAAAGCAGGGAGAUACUUAUCCAUCACGGCAACUGACACUUUACUCUCGACUCGCCAGCAUUUCAAUGCGUGACCACAAUUGAUUUUGUAAUAAAUUUAAAAAUGUUGCACAUGUAGCAACCUGCAGACUAAAAUCUAUGCAUUUGGAUUUAAAAUGAGUCAGUUUUUAUGUAGAAAUUGUCUUUAUGUAAUCAGAAGAAUACAAAGAAAUUAGUUUUCCUCUUGCGAUGAUGUGAUGAAAGUUUGUGAUAGAACAAUGUAUGUCUUACGAGUGAUCUGGACAAGCCAUUUUCAUUAGAUGCUUAAUGCUCAAGAUAAAAAAUCUCCAAACUACCCGGUGCUGUAAACUCCAUCUUUCUCCUGCAGGGAGUGCUGUCACACCAGCACACAAACACAGCUAAUAAUAUCAGCCAAUCCAACAGCAGGGACACUUCACUUGACUGCCCAUUUUGUACAAAAACCCUAUUUGUUGUCUCGGUUCUGUAUAACCUUUCAUGAUAAUAACCUACUUGUUUCCUUGAUUUUUCUACAAGUUACUGCAACAUAUAAACCAUAAACAGAAACUGUUGGUUGUCUUGUGUUAACCGGCCCACCACCAUGUAAGUUGGAUGGUGUGAUUUCAUCACCUACAGUGGUGCCUUUUUUUUAAGAUUACUGUCUUUUGAUAAAAAAUGAAACGGGGAAUGGAAGGCUUGUUCUUUGUUAACGGCUGUUUGUAAAACAUUUCUAAUCGUCUUGAAUGAGGAGGCCUCCGACACGCUUUGUUUUGUAGAGUUACAGGACACUUAAUCGUGGUGUAAAUACGCUCCCCUCCUGUUCUCUUUCAUAUGUAUGCCUUUCUGAUCGAAUGAAUGACUUUUUCUGUUCUUGGGAAUUUACAAUGUCCAUUUUAGUGGUACUUUGCAACGUCACAGUGGCUUGUUUCAGUGCUUCAUUCAAUGUAUUAACCGGUAUCCUUUUGCAAUUAAAACGGUUGUAUUACA